AUGAGGCAGGCGAACGUUGACGGGUCCGGGGUGGUCCCCGCCCUUCAGCGGUUCUGGCAGCGGUCGUAUGCCGCUGAAUAUAUUGGAAUCAUACUGCUUCUCCUUGCAAAUGUUUGGGCAGAGUUCUUUCUUGAGCCGGUCCACCAGAUGUUCCGUCUGGAUGAUCGCGCGAGACAGUAUCCACACGCCCUCGUCCAACGUGUAUCGUCCUUGGAAAAUGUCUUACUUGCUGGAGUCGGCCCUCUGGUUUUGUUGAUCGUCUGGGCCGUUGUCUUCAGGCCAGGCGUACAUAAGGCGCAUGUUACGAUUCUUGGACUUUUCAUCAGCUUGUUCCUCACUGUUGUUUUGACCGACAUUAUCAAAAAUGCCAUUGGCCGCCCUCGGCCAGAUCUGAUAGCACGGUGUAAACCCGAGCGAGGGACACCCGAGCACGAUCUGAUCACCAUUGACGUCUGUACUGAGACAGAUCAGCACACGUUGCACGACGGAUGGCGCAGUUUCCCGAGCGGUCAUAGCAGUUGGGCCUUUUCUGGACUCGGAUAUCUGAGUCUGUUCCUGGCCGGCCAGUUGCAUGUCUUUCGAUCUCACGCAGAUCUAGUUCGGGUGCUGAUCUUUCUUGCCCCCCUUGUUGGUGCUUCAUUGGUGGCAAUGUCACGAUUGGCCGACUACAGGCACGAUAUCUACGACGUCACGUGUGGAAGCCUCCUGGGCAUGGCGGUCGCAUAUACUGCCUAUCGACGAUAUUAUCGGCCACUGAGGCAUCUCAAAUGCGACUCUCCAUAUCCUAGUCGGGCAGACUAUGCUUUGAAGGAGGCAUCCAAAACCAGAUCCAGGGAUUUGGAGGAAGCUGCUGAACAGUUCGAACUGAGUCUGAGCGAUGUGUCCGACGAUGAGCCUCACUCGUAUCUUUUGACAGGAUCGGGUCAAGCGGACUCGAGGCAACAUGCUGGCGCUGCAGAGCCGCCAUAG